AUGCCUUUGCUCCCUGUUGUACAACUGCAGCAACCUCGACAGUUCGCUCUCGCCAAGGCAUCUGGCACCAGAAUGCCAGCGCUGCUUCCUGCUCAACCGUGCCAUCUACAGCAGCUCACUCUCCUUGGGGCAUCUGGUACUGAGCUGCCAGUGCCCUCUACUGCUCAACCUCAAUGCCUGCAGCAGUUCGCUUUUGCUGGGGCGUCUGGCAUUGGGAUGCCAUUGCCCUCAGCUGUACACGCUUGGCACCCACACCACUUCAUUCUUGCUGGGGCAUCUGGCGCAGGGAUGCCGUUGCCCCCAGUUGUACACCCGCAGCAACCUCGACGGUUGGUUUACGUUGGGACAUCUGGCACCAGGAUGCUGAUGUCCUCGGCUGUUCGACCUCAGCAACCACAACGGCUCACUCUCACUGGGGCAUCUGGCACUGGGAUGUCAGUGCCCCCUACCGUUCAUCUACAACACCCGCAGCAGCCAGCCUUGACUGGGGCUCUUGCCUUCACCUCCCAACCCGUCUCGGCCAGGGCUGGACGUUCUAUUACCCUGCUCGUUGGCAGGGAUGACUGGAUGGAUGACUGCUUGGCCAUCAUUCUCACUCUGGCCCCCUGCUUUGGUGGCAGUGGUUUUCACCAAUAUCGUGUCCACUUUGCUUCGGAAGCCAUGACCCGUCUUCAACAAUUCAAUGGAGACACUUACUGGGACGUUCUCUGCAACAACCACCUGACUCACCCUCAUGACAUCAACUUGUUCACUGAUGCGGCUCCAUCUGCUGCUUCUUCUGCAGAAUCUGUCAGGCUGGUUAAUGGGACCAGUCUGUGUUCAGGCACACUGGAAGUAAAGUCUAACCAAUCUAUCCAGUCAUGGUCCUCAGUGUGUGAAGAUAACUUUGGCCAGCAGGAUGCAGAGGUGGUCUGCAGGGAACUUGGCUGUGGGCCUGCUGCAGUCCUCCAGGGGGUGCACUAUGAAGAUGAGGAAGCUCCGGUGUGGUCCAAAGACUUCCAGUGUGAAGGCCAUGAGUCUGCUGUCUUGGACUGUAGAAUCUCAGGCUCAGAUAGAAAGACCUGUUCAUCUCACAAUGCUGUUGGACUCACUUGUUCAGAGCCUGAUGAUUUCCUGUUGUAUGGAGGAUCCAGUCCGUGUGCUGGUGAACUGGAGGUUAAACUACAAGGAGAGUGGAUGGAUGUGGAUGGAGAAAUGUCUUCCUGGAAUCUACAGGCAGCAGAUGAAGUGUGCAGACAACUGAACUGCGGCGCUGCUGUUUCAACAGGGAAGAAAAGAAAAUCCUACUAUAAAUCAAUAGCGUGGAUUAGAUCAACUUGUCUUCAAUGGAAGUCUGCAGUUAGAGAGUGUGUAUUAACAAAGUCUUCCACUUCCAUUGACAACAUAGAGAUCAAGUGCUCAGAACCCAGUGAUUUCCUGUUGGUUAGAGGAUCCAGUCUAUGUGCUGGUGAACUGGAGAUGCAACUAGAGGGAAAGUGGAGAAAAGUGGAUUACACAAUGUCUCCCUGGAAUCUCAAGACAGCAGAUUCUGCUAGAGAGUGUGUCUCAAUAAAGUCUGACACUUCCCAUUUCAACCUGAAGAUUCAGUGCUCAGAAUCGGUCAGGUUGGUUAAUGGGACCAGUCUGUGCUCAGGUAGACUGGAGGUGAAGUCUAACCAGAGGUGGUCCUUAGUGUGUGAAGAUGACUUUGACCAGCAGGAUGCAGAAGUGGUUUGUAAGGAGCUUGGCUGUGGAGCUCCUUUAGCAUUCAAAGGGGGACUCUACGGAGACAAGGAGGGUCCAGUGUGGUCCAAAGAGUUCCAGUGUGAAGGCCAGGAGUCUGCUCUCCUGGACUGUGCAGGCUCCAGCUCUGCUAGAGAGAACUGCUCACCUGGCAGAGCUGUUGGUCUCACCUGCUCAGAGCCUGAUGAUAUCCGGUUGGUUGAAGGAGCCAGCCACUGUGAUGGAAGACUUGAGAUGAGAAAUAAGGGAGACUGGAGACCAGUGACUGAUGACCCUUACAACUGGGACCUGAUUUCUGCAGCUGUAGUAUGCAAACAGCUGGACUGUGGUUCUGUUCUUUCAACAGGGAGAGAAGAUUCUAUGUUCCAACCACAUGCAUGGAAAAUCUCAUCUUCCUGUGGUCAUUCUGAAUCUGCAAUCAGGGAAUGUGCAGUAAUAUGGUCUUAUCCUUCCACAAGGAGUCUAGUGGUCAACUGCUCAGAAUCUGUCAGGCUGGUUAAUGGAGCCAGUCUGUGUUCAGGCAGACUGGAGGUGAAGUCCAACCAGAGGUGGUCCCCAGUGUGUGAAGAUGACUUUGACCAGCAGGAUGCAGAGGUGGUCUGCAGGGAACUUGGCUGUGGAGCUCCUUCAGUACUCCAGGGAGCUGUCUAUGAAGAGGUGGAGGCUCCAGUGUGGUCCAAAGAGUUCCACUGUGAAGGCCAUGAGUCUGCUCUCCUGGACUGUAGAAGCUCAGAUAGAAACACCUGCUCAUCUGGCAAAGCUGUUGGAUUCACCUGCUCAGAGCCUAAUAUCAUCAGAUUGUCGGGAGGAACCAGUCGUUGUGAUGGUACACUAGAGAUGGAACACCAGGGAGAGUGGAGACCAGUGGCUAACCAGGUCCCUGAAUGGGAUCAGAAGUUUGCAUCUGCAGUGUGUGGACAGCUGAACUGUGGUUCUGCUGUUAUAACAAAAGGACGACACCUUCCUGACAAUUUCCGUCCAUGGCACAUCAGCCAUUCAUGUGUUCAGGCAGGUUUGAUACUCCGGGAGUGUGUAUUCCAACAGGAUUUUUGGGCAUUCUACCUAGAGGUGAUCUGCUCAGGUUUUCCAGAUCAGCCAGUCAUCUUCCCUUCCCACAUUGACGGUCUGUAUGAGGCUGAGCAGCAGAGAGUUCAAGUGCUCAUGGGCUCUGACUUCACCAUCAGCUGUUUCAUCCUGCCACAAUAUCAAGGAGGCUCAUUCCAGCUUAGUUUGACCAACUCGGCUACACCAAAGAACUACACACUGACAGCUGUCAACCACUCCGCCCAUUUCCUGUUCUCUGCUGCAGACCAUACCCACCGAGGGGAGUACCGCUGUGUUUAUCACAUCUACGCUUUCUCCCAUAACUUCUCUUCUGAAAGCCAGUUGCUUUAUCUCACUGUUGGAGCCUCUGUAACACAUCUGAUCAUCAGAGUCUUUGUCCUGCUGGGGCUGGCUCUGGUGUCUGGAGCUGUCCUGUAUUUAUACUUUAAGAACACCAGUGGGCAGAAGCCAAAACAAGAGGACAGCUUCAAGCUGGAUUUUGUUGGUGGUGCUCAAGACUUGCUGGGUGAGGGGUCAGGAGGAGCCCAGGGGCCAGAGUAGGAUUGCACGGCCACAAGGACCACUCAGCUCUCAUACAACAGCCACAUCAGAGCGUGUUCCAGAGUGUUCUUCUGGAGUCAGUAUUUGAUUUUCUUCAUGUUGUCUGUCUCAUCUUGUCCUUCAGGUGUGCACGUAUCCAGUGGACUUUUCCAGAGAUGACUCAGUAUUGGGGCUUAACGAAGUAAAAUAUAAAUGUAAAAAAGAAAA